AUGCCAGUCUACAAGCAGCACUACUAUCUGAUCAAUGGUGAGUCGAUCUAUACCUGGUUCACCCUUGGCCUGUUCUUUGUGCUCGAGUUUGUCAUCAAAGUCCUUGCCAAUGGCUUCAUCUUUACCUUCAACGCCUACCUCCUCAACACCUGGAACCACAUUGACUUCCUCGUCCUGGGCACGCUGGUCUCGGAUAUCCUGGCCUCCUUGGUCUACAGUGGCCUGACCAGUCGGUUCACGCGCUCGCUCAAGGCCUUCCGGGCGCUGCGGAUGAUCAACCUGACAAUGAGCACGCGCGAGAUGCUCUACAACGUGCUGAUCCUUGGCUUUGGGAACCUGAUGGAUGCCUUGGUCCUGAUGUAUGAUUGA